ACAAGUGAUACCCAGUCGCAACGGAAGCCCGUAUGCUGUGCGCACGAGGUUCGGCUGGAUCCUGAGUGGGGUGACGUCUUCCUCAGCCACAGACAGCGGAACAAAGGUCUACAGAACGUCGGUGAAUGACAUCGAAGAUAUGAUACAAGGAAUGUAUAAUCGGGAAUACGAAGAGAACCUCAACUCAAUGAAGAGAGGCCUGUCUGAGGAGGACAAGAAGUGGCUCACGGUGAUGGAGGCGUCCAAGAAAGUUGACAGAGGACACUACCAGUUCAGCAUUCCGUUGAAGGAUGAAGACGUCGUACUGCCGAACAACCGUGUCCUGGCAGAGAGAAGACUGACGAGUCUAGGUCGCCGAAUGAAGAACGAUGUUGAGUUCGCUGAGCAGUACCGAGAUUCUGUGGAAGAAAUGAUCGACAAGGGAUACGCUGAGCCCGUACCAGUAGCAGACAUUCAUCGUGACGACGGCAGAGUGAACUACUUGGCGCACCAUGGAGUGCGCCACGCGUCAAAGAAUCGCAUCCGCGUCGUCUAUGACUGUGCUAUGAAGUACGGCGGUGUCAGUCUGAAUGACUGCUUACUGCAAGGCCCCGACAUGACGAACUCGCUACUCGAUGUCCUGAUGCGCUUCAGGAUGGAACGAGUCGCCUUCAUGGCUGACGUGGAAAGUAUGUUCAACCAGGUUCGGGUGCCAGAGUCUGAGCGCGAUCUCCUCAGAUUUCUGUGGUGGAGAGACGGGCGCCCCGACUCUGGUGUGGUAGAGUAUCGGAUGACUGUCCAUAUCUUCGGAGCGAAGUCUUCGCCAAGUGUGGCGUGCUACGCCUUGAGAGAGACGGCGACGGACUUCGCAGAAGAGGUAUCACCUGAAGCAGUGAAGACUGUAAACAGCAACUUCUACGUCGAUGAUGUGUUGAAGAGCACUGACGACGCUGACAUGGCCAUCUCGUUGGCUCACGACCUGAAGACGCUGCUGGAGAAAGGUGGGUUCAGUCUCAAGAAGUUCACCAGCAACAGCUCGGCGUUUAUGUCCUCGAUCCAGACAGGCGACAGGUCAAAGGUGAUGCAGACAUGUACAGGAGUCGGUGAAAGUCUACCAGAAGAGCGCGCCCUGGGCGUAGUCUGGGAUACAGAGAACGAUCUGCUGAGGGUAUCUGUCAACGCGACCAGUCUGCGGGCGAAGCCGUUGACCCGCAGAGGCAUCCUUUCAGCAGUGAGUUCUAUUUACGACCCGCUCGGUCUCGUUUCGCCAACGAUAAUCUGUGGCAGGAAGAUCCUACAAGAUCUCUGCAGGACGAGAGAAAUCUGGGACAAGGAGAUUCCAGCUCAACAGCGCAGCGACUGGAUGAAAUGGCUAUCUCAUCUGGAUGCUACUCAAGAUCUGUGUGUCCCACGGCAUCUGAAGCCAGCUGAAUUCGGUGGAAUGGCGACGCUCCAGAUGCAUCAUUUCAGCGACGCUAGUGAGUGGGCGUAUGGUACAGUCACCUAUGCUCGCUUCACUGACCAGCAGGGAGAUGUCCAUGUCGCUUUCGUGAAAGGUACAUCACAUCUGGCUCCACUGAAGAAAAUAACGAUUCCUCGUCUGGAGUUGAUGGCUGGAGUGACGGCGGUACGUGUUCGGUUGCUGAUAGAGGACGCGAUGGAGCUCGGUUCGGAGACAGAACAUUUCUUCUGGACGGAUAGUACUACCGUUCUCGCAUACGUGCAGAACACUGCGACUAGAUUCCACACGUUUGUCAGCAACAGGUUGGCGAUCAUUCACGAUGGAUCAAAGACUGAGAACUGGAGGUUCGUGAGAGGUGAAGAAAACCCGGCCGAUGACAGUUCACGAGGUGUUCAGAGUGAGAGGUGGCUUUCUGGACCGGCCUUUCUUCGGCUUCCAGAGGAGCAGUGGCCCAUGAUGCCUCCAACCAAGGUGAAGAUAGCGGAAGAAGACCCUGAAGUGAAGAAGGUGAAGGUCUGUGCAAUGAAGGUGUCAGAAGAGAAGAUGAAGGAUCCAAUCGAAGUGCUCAUUCGUCAUUACAGUAAGAAGCAGGCUCUUCUAAGGGCAGUGGCUUGGCUGCUGAAGGUGAAGAAGAGAUUGCAGGAAAGAGCGACAAAAUCGCAGGGUCGAAAAACGGAGCGUCCAUCUCGACUCCAGCUGAUAGAUCUCGAAGAAGCAGAGAACUGUGUCGUUAGGUGGGUACAGGAGCAGAGUUUCCCUGAUGAGCUGGAGACACUCCGCAAUGGGAAGGAAGUGAAGGGAGCUCUCAGUAAGCUGAAUCCAUUCCUGAGUGAUGGGAUCCUCCGAGUUGGCGGACGUUUGAAGAAUGCUGAUGUCACCCUGGACCAGAAGCACCCAAUUGUACUCCCGGAUUGCUAUUUCGCCGAACUAACUGUUCAACAGGUGCAUGAGAAGGUCGGACACUCUGGACGUCAACAUGUGUUAGCUGAGAUACGGAGACGUUUCUGGAUCGUGAAAGGGAACUCGAUCGUCAGACGAGUGAUUGGACGUUGCCUCGGAUGCCGCCGACGACAUCGCCCACCAGAAUCUCAGAAGAUGGCGGACCUGCCGAGUGACAGAGUCACAGCGGAAGAACCUGUAUUCACUCGAACCGGAGUCGACUAUUUCGGACCGUUUUUUGUCCGACAAGGACGGAAGCAGGUGAAGAGGUACGGAGUCGUUUUUACUUGUUUGGCGGUGAGGGCCGUCCACAUCGAGGUCGCCGAAAAUUUGUCAGGAGAUUCAUUCCUGUGCGCCUUACGUAGAUUCGUCGCACGGAGAGGUCACGUCAAGGUGCUCAGAUCAGACAAGGGGACAAAUUUUGUUGGUGCCAGUCGCGAGCUUCGAGAGGAGUUGGAGAAACUGCGAGCCAAUGAAGAUGUGCUGCAUCGUACGCUGUUGAAUCAAGGAGUAGAAUGGAAAUUCAACACAGCCGCAGCGUCCCACCACGGAGGUGUCUGGGAACGACAGAUACGCUCAAUCCGAAGAAUCCUGGGAUCAUUGCUGGACUCGCAGACGUUCACGGAAGAAACUCUGUUGACUCUAUUGUGUGAAGUAGAGGCAAUAUUGAACAGUAGGCCACUCACCCCAGUAUCCUUAGAUCCGGUUGAUCACGAGCCACUCACUCCCAACCAUUUGCUGAUUGGUACCGGCAGCGUGGUGAUGCCGUUCGGGGUUGUAGGCCAGAGUGACUCAGAUAGUGUCAAACGUUGGAAGCAGGCGAGGUAUCUCGCGAAUCUGUUCUGGAAGCGGUGGCGAGCAGAAUACUUACCGUUGUUACAGGAACGACCGUAUAGGGUGACAAGGAAAAUGACUAACCUUGUUGUAGGAGACGCGGUUCUAGUUGUUGAUGAUGCUGUGCCGCGAGGCCAGUGGCCAUUAGGAGUAGUGGAGCGAGUACGAGUCGGAGCAGACGGAUUAGUGCGCUCGGUAGAGAUUAAGACCAGAGGCGUCACGCUUCAGCGACCGGUGACUAAGCUGAUCAAGCUGUAGGCGAGAUCGUGUACUCUGUAUGGAAGAUGUUCCUGUGCGUCAUGUUCGUGUCGUAGACUAAGGUUGAAGCCAUGUGUUGCGUGGUGGCUUCAAGGGGGCGGGUGUAGUUGCCCUCUAGCUAUAGCAGCAGUCUAGCGCCGGCAGUCACGCUAUAGCAGCGGUUUAGCGUUCGAUCGUCGCGACAUCUAUAUUAGUUAAGCGCCGAUAGUCACGCUAUAGCAGCAGUUUGGCGUUCGAUCGUCGCGACAUCUAUAUUGACCGAGUGUGAUUACGCGUGGGUAUUUACAAGUACUCGAAUGUGGCAGGUACUUUAAAUACUCGAAUACCAUUCUGAUGAAUAUUUCCACGGUUUUCUUUGAAUGCUAUGAACAAUAUUUUGUACAACGUUUUCCGAAACAAAUAAUUCUGCGUUUUGUGUUUCACGUUUUCGAAUCUAAGAACCUAAAACAUUGUGACGUGUCAGCAGUUUCGGUAUGAUAGUGGUGGGCACUGUCGUGUUCCUGCCACGCCCGUUUUGUGCGGCCGACAUUCUUGUUCAGGAUUGUUUCUGAGGAUGGUUUGAUUUCCCUGGCGCUAAUGAGAAUAAUAUGAAGAGACUGUUUCGACCGUGUGUCAGAGGGAAUCAGCCCCCAGUUAGUCCGGCAUGAGGUGCACACAGUCAGUAAGUUUAACCGAUUGAACUGGUCGUUUCAGUCUUAUGAUAGUAUGUGCCUAGUAUGUGCUACUUGCAGUCGAAAUGUGUCAAGGACGAACGAGUAUGGGUCAUGUCAAGGUCUAAUCGUCAGAUCGAGUGUGGCUCAGUUGUUGUGUUAGGGAAGAGCUCACUGCUGCUAUAUGUGACGAUUGUUCUGACGUGUUGCAGAAACGGAUCUAUAGACAAGAUGAAUACAAGGUCCUGUGUUUGAC